CCCGGGACCCCCCGCGGGAGGCGGGACACGCGUGGAACUGGAACCAGCAGCGGGGCCGGGGCUGACCCCGACACCUCCCAACCCCCUCCGCGCCUCCCCCGGUGCCCGGAGCCCCGGGGCUUCCUCUUCCUCUCCCCGCCGGUACCGGGAACCCCUGACCCCCCCACCCCCCUCCACCGCCCGCCGGCCCGGGCGCCCUCAUAAAGCAGCCUCGGACACCCGCACCGCCGCUUUCUCCUUGGCUCUGGGACACGGCACCGGUCGCCUGAACGGAGCCGUCAGGAUGAGGGUCCGGAUCCCGCCCGCGCUGGGUCUGGCGGUGGCUUUGGCUGCGCUGCUGCCCGCGGCCGCUGCCCGGCGGAGCCAGGACCUGCACUGCGGAGCGUGCCGGGCGCUGGUGGACGAGCUGGAGUGGGAGAUCGCGCAGGUGGAUCCCAGGAAGACGAUCCAGAUGGGCUCCUUCCGCAUCAACCCCGACGGCAGCCAGUCGGUCGUGGAGGUGCCCUACGCCCGCUCGGAGGCACAUCUGACAGAGCUGCUGGAGAGGGUGUGCGAGAAGAUGAAGGAAUACGGAGAGAAAGUGGAUCCGUCCAGCCACCGGAAGAGCUACGUGCGCAUCAUCUCCCACGACGGGACCAAGAUGGACCUCUCGGGGGUCAAAAUCGACGGGGAUGUGGCUUCCAGUCUGAAGUUUGCGUGUGAGAGCAUCGCUGAGGAGUACGAGGACGAACUCAUCGAGUUCCUCUCCCACGAGGCCGACAACGUCAAGGACCGGCUCUGCAGCAAGAGGACGGACCUGUGUGACCACGCGCUCCACAUCCCACACGACGAACUCUGACGCAGCGGCUGCCCCGGGGACAGAGCCGGCUGCCCCGGUGGCCUCGUGGGACCAGGAUGGCACCAGGCUCCCUCCAGAUGUCCCCUGCCUAGUGUCACCUUGUCCAGACACGCCGGGGAGGACCAUGGCUCUGGGGACGCUGCAGGCACUGCUGGUGGCUCCCGUCCUAUUUAUUCAGUGUCCAUCCACUGGAGCUGUGGUGCUGGGGACACCGGCCCUGCUUCCCGUGGGGCACCGUGUCCCUGUUUCCCAUGGGCACCGUGUCCCUGCUUCCCGUGGGGCACCGUGUCCCUGCUUCCCGUGGGGCACCGUGUCCCUGUUUCCCAUGGGGCACCGUGUCCCUGCUUCCCAUGGGGCACCGUGUCCCUGUUUCCCGUGGGCACCGUGUCCCUGCUCCUGAUGGACAUUUCUGCAGCCAGGCUGCACCAGCCAGGGACCUUCUGCCUGCCAGGAGCCAUGGCAGGGGACACCAGCGUGGGGGUCAGGGCCAGUUUGGGGACCCCCUCCCUGCCUCAGGCAAUAAAGGGGCUGCAGGGCGCUGUGCCCACCCGA